UGCUGAAGGUUGGUCCGUGGGGUGGGGUGGCUGGGGGUUCAGUCAUGCAAGGUCUGUUGGACCUCGUGUGUGAUUGAGGCCAUCUUUGGUGAUUAUGGGCCUGUGUGGUUGUGUUUGUGGGUGUGGGUAGUCUCAAUGAGUGCUGACCAUGCGUUGGCUCAGGCAAGACUCCCACAGAGUGACUUCUGUUAAAUGACCAUAUUCUCUUUUGUUCUUUGGUCUUUCUCACCCAACACAUCACUUUGUUGGUCAGUGACGGCUCCUUUUACCGAAAUAUUUCCUCCCUUAAGCGUUCUCAGCUGGUUCAGCCUCAUUGCCCUCCUCUAUCCCCGAACCGCCUUCAGCUCUCUCUAGCUCCAGCCGUUUGAGUGUGGUGCUCCCUGAUGGGCAUGCUCUUCCCACAGGCGUCCACAGUGGGUUCCAUCCUCUGUUCAGGACUCAGCUAAAAGUCAUUUCCAGGAUGCCUUUUCUGGCCGUGGGAAGGAGCACCCUCCACCCACCCCUUCCUCUGUCACGUUUAAAAUUUCCUGUGAGCACUCUUUUAGUCUGACGUUACUUUAUUUACUUGUUUUCCAUCUUAGAAUGCAUUUCUUAGAGGACAGGGACCCUGUCUUGGGACCUUAAGUCGUCUCUCCCAUGUGUUCAGAACAGGGCCUGGUUGUGAGAGGCAUUCAGCAAACUGCUGCUCUCCUGGCCCGUAAACAAGACUGUGCAUGUGUGUGUGAGUGUGUGUGUACCUGAGAGUGCUGAAUGUGCAUGUGCGUGUGAGGGCGGGGUGCAGGAGUACGUCGGGAUCCUGAAGGAGGAAACGAGAGUGGCAGUUUGGGAUGUUAGUAUAGUCGGCACAUUCCCUUUUCCAGAGGUGAGAGAAGAUCCGUGCAUCAACCCCAAAGGGGUCCAAGCUAAACAGAAGCUCCUGGGGCACGUGGGCCUUGGAUCUCAGGGACCCCAGGUUCGGAUGGCAACAACUCUCUUUUUUCACUCAGGGCUUCCCAGACUGUUGAGACCCCUGUGUCCAGGAGAGCUUCCUGGGCAUCUUGGAAAGAGGCAUUUCACCUUUGAAUGUUGCUCUCUGCUAUCCUAGAACCUUUUCUCAGAGAUUUGCCCUCCAGCCCUACACUCUUCACGCUGGACUAAACAGAGUCCAGUUUCCCUGGGGGGAUCUGACUUUUAUGUAUAUACGCCACAAGUGGGCAAAACCCCAGUCAUUCUUCUCCCUUCCCACUUUUAGGAAUUUUUCCUGCUCUGGAUGCCCUUGCUCUGCCCUCUACCACUGUUUUGGGCCAAUAUUCAAAAUCCAGCCCGUCUUUCGAUUCUUUCUUGACUGCCCCACAAGAUCCUCCUUAUAUUGUUGAUGUGAGAACCUCAAUAUAAGGGAACCUCCUUAUAUUGUUGAUGUCUCCACUUACUGGCCCAAGUCGUCCCUCCAUUCUCUUCAUCAUAAGGUGGGAGACUUUCAAGGCCCUCAGGAGAUGAUGUCAGAAGCUGAUGUACAGGGUCAGGUCAAGGCUAAGAUGUGUUCAGAUGUUUCUUUUCUCCUGCCUGCUCACUGUCUGCACAGGGCAUGGGCUUUGCUGACCAAGCAGCAUCUGGUGAUGAGAGCAGCUUUGUCUCGUCUGUUUCCAGCCCUUGGCCCAACUUGGGGUACUAUAUUAUCUCUUUGUUCCAUUUAUUUGCUGGAAAAGUGCCCACCGACCAGUCCACCGUGUCCAGUCUUCUUAAGUAGCCUGUCAGCCUGUGGAGACCAAGCUGGGAGCACCGGGAGCUUAGGUGCUCAGCAAACACCCUAGACCACAGGUGUAUUCUUAGGAAGGAAAUGACAUCUCUUUGUGACCUCACGCUGUGGAGUCCCCGGCUCUGAUCUUGUGUCUGGUUGAAUGUAAGUGACCUGGUCCAUGAGCAGUGGAGGAAUUCAAAGGCAUGGCUCUGAGGAACAAGAUAACUCAUGUGAGAUAAAAAAGAAGAGGCCUCAGGACUAGGGGUGCAUUCUCAGUGUACAGACAUUUGACCAGAGGCCUCUCUCCAGAGCAUCAGAACAGAGCAGAUUUUCCAAGCAGCUGAAAAUGAUCAAGUCACAGAUCUCAUUUGAGGAUGUGGCUGUGGACUUCACGUUGGAGGAGUGGCGGCUGCUUAAUCCUACGCAGAAGAACUUGUACAGAGACGUGAUGCUGGAGAACUAUAGCAACCUAGUGUUCUUGGGUUAUCAAAUUAUCAAGCCUCAUGGGAUUUUCAAGCUGGAGCAGGAAGAGCCAUGGAUAAUAGAUGAAGUUCUAAGUCAGAACUUUUCAGAAGAAGUCUGGCUAGAUAACAAUCUCAAAAUGUGGCACCAGGAUAAUCAAGACGAGCUUAGAAGUAUGGAGAGAGGCGAUGAAUGUGAUGUUUUUAGGAAAAUAUUUCAUUCAAGCAUUAACUUUGUUCAUUUAGCAAUGAGACCCCAUAAAUGUGGCACAGGUGAAAAACAUUUGAAACAUCGUUUUGAGUUUCUUAUUUCAAAAAAUAACCUUGGAGGAAAGAAACUUGAUGAGCUCAGUAAGAAAUUUUUAUUCUACAUCAAACCUGAUAGAACCCAUGGUGGAAUAAAACACUGUGAUUGCAAUACAUGUAGAAAGGCCAGCAGUAGAGAGUCGUGGCUCAUUGCAGACCAUAUUACACAUACUGGAGUCUAUUUAUGCAUGGAGUGUGGCAGAGUUUUUAAUAAGAAGUCACAGCUUAUUAUACAUCAGAGGACUCAUACAGGAGAGAAGCCCUAUGGAUGCAGUGAAUGUGGAAAAGCCUUCUCACAGAAGUCAUUGCUCACUAUUCAUCAAAGGACUCAUUCAGGAGAAAAACCAUAUGGGUGUGGUGAGUGUCAGAAGGCUUUCAGUAGGAAGUCAUUACUCAUUUUACAUCAGAGAACUCAUACGGGAGAGAAGCCCUACGGAUGCAGCGAAUGUGGAAAAGCUUUCAGCAGGAAGUCACAGCUUAAAAGACAUCAGAGGACGCAUACUGUCGAGAAACCAUUUGGCUGCAGUGACUGUGGGAAAGCUUUCUCCCAGAAAUUAAAGCUCAUUACACAUCAGAGAACACAUACAGGAGAGAAACCCUAUAAAUGUGGUGAUUGUGGGAAAGCCUUCUUUUGGAAGUCCCAGCUCAUCACUCAUCAGAGGACUCAUACGGGGAAGAAACCGUAUGCAUGUAAUGAGUGUACCAAAGCCUUCAGCAGGAACUCACUCCUCAUUAGGCAUCAGAGGAUCCACACAGGAGAGAAACCCUACGAAUGCAGGGAGUGUGGCGAAGCCUUUGUCCGAAAACCACAGCUCGUGAAGCAUCAAGUAACUCAUACAGGAGAGAAGAACUAUCAGUGCAGUGACUGUGAAGAAGCAUUCUUUAAGAAGUCAGAGCUAAUCAGACAUCAAAAAACCCAUUUAGGGGAGAAACCCUAUGGAUGUGUUGAAUGUGGAAAAACCUUCUUUGGGAAGUCACAGCUCCUGACGCAUCAGAGAACUCACACUGGAGAGAAGCCUUAUGAGUGCAGUGAGUGUGGGAGAGCCUUCACCCAGAAGUCAAGCCUGAUAUCACAUCAGAGGACGCACACAGGAGAGAAGCCCUAUGAGUGCAGGGACUGUGGGAAAACCUUCAGCGAGAAGUCAAGCCUCGUUCAUCAUCAGAGAACCCAUACUGGAGAAAAACCCUUUGAAUGUAGCGAGUGCAGGAAAGCUUUUGCCUGGAAGCCACAGCUUCUAAGGCACCAGAGAAUUCAUACAGGGGAGAAACCUUACGAGUGCAGUGAAUGUGGGAAAGCCUUUGUUCAGAAAGUGCAGCUCAUUAAGCAUCAAAGAAAUCACACAGGAGAGAAAACCUAUGGGUGCAGUGAGUGUGCGAAAGCUUUCUUUGAGAAGGCACAGCUCAUUAUACAUCAGAGAAUUCACACAGGAGAAAGACCCUAUAAAUGUAGUGAAUGUGGGAAGUCUUUCACUAGAAAGUCACACCUUAUGAGGCAUCAGAGAAUUCACACAGGAGAUAAAUACUAUGGAUGCAGUGAGUGUGGGACUGCCUUCAGCAGGAAGUCACAGCUCAUGGCUCAUCAGAGGACUCAUGUAAUCUAGAAACUGCACGAGUGCCAUGAAUAUGGGAAAUCUGUCAGACUGAUAGGAGAAAUCCUGUCAGUGCACUGAGAAUGCAGGUCCCACCCAGCAGAGUUCAGAAAGGAGGGAGGUAUUUUUACGUAGACAGCGUAAGAGCCUUCUCCUGAAACACACAGCUUAUUACACGUUAAUGACUUGUUGGUGUGGAAGUCUUAUGAGUAUCCUAGUAGUGCAGAACCUGGUAGUCAGGAGUGACAGCUUCUCAUCAGAGGACCUAAACACGAGGAGAAACUCAGUCGUUGUAAAAAUUGAGCGGGGGGUUUCGUCAAGAAAGGAUCAUUUGUGGUACACUAGAGAAGACAUAUGCAAAGGAAAUACUGAGCAUCUUGAAUUAGAGAUCUCAGUAUGAAGGAGAAGUCCUAAUAGUUUGGAAGAAUUCUGGUAAGCAUGAUUCUAUCGAAAUAAUCCUAUAGAGUUGUGUUGUAUAUAAGUUACAAAAGUAGUUAAUUUUAAGUGGUAGCUGUGUUUUAAGUGUGAAGACAUGCUUUCUGCUGUGGUGAUGCGGCAAGGGCCAGAUUAAUCCCCUGCCUUGAACAGCUAGAAACUGUAAAACGUAUAUGAAAUAACGGUUUCGAGACCUAUGACAGGCGGAAGUGUGUGAUCCCUGGCAGAAGGUGUAGAGAGUGAGGUGAGCCCAUAAGAGCCCAGCCUGGUGCCUGGUGGCAGUUCCCAGGCUGCAGAUCAGGGAAAGGAACAAAUGUGGUCUUGCUGAAUCAAAGAGAAUUGCUGAAUUGGCAUUUGGGGAGGCCAGAGUAGCCAGAGUUUGCAGGGAGUUGUACUGGAGAGGAGGGAGCUUCCCAGAGAGAGGGCUGCAGAAAUCUACAAGGAGUCCGCUUAGUCUUUUGGCUUAGUACUGAUUUGCACAUAUGUGACCAGAAAUUUCCUGAGUCCAGGAAAAGUGCUGGAAAGCAGUCCGCCAAGCAGUUCCCAGAAAUCAAUGUAGGGCUGGGAAUAAAAUUCCCACCACCUGAAAUGGCAACGACUUCUAACACAUGGGGCAUCAGGUAGGAUUCCCAGCAGAGUAUUAUCUUAGUAGUGAAGUAAUUAAUCCUAGAUCGAAAGCUAGUCUGGACCCACAAUGUCUGGCAUCCAAAAACAUAGCUGGCAUACACAGAAGCCAUGAGAAUAUGACUUGUAACCAGGAGAAAAAUCAGUCACUAGAAAGAUACAGAAAAAAUGGAAGCAGUUGGCAUUAAAUAAGGAUAUUCAAAUAGCUUUUAUAGAUAUAUGGGAAAACAGGAAUGUGACAGAUGAAUUGGAAGAUGUAUUUUUAAAAGCCUGAGUGGAACUUCUCAGGAUGAAAACAACAAUAUCUGAAAAUUAAAACAAAACAACAACUUUGGAUGGAAUUAAGAGCAGAUUAGACAUAGAAGAUCAAUGAACUUGAGUGAAAAUAAAAACUGUCCCAACUGAUGGACACAGAAAAAAAAAGACUCGAAGAAAAGACAAUAGGGAGUUGGUUACAGCGAGGCACGUGUAUUCGCUUGGAGUCCUAGAAGGACAGGGCAGAGAAGAGGCCUAAGAAAGUAUUUGAGUAAAUAACAGAUGAAAUUUUUACACAUAUGAUGAAAAAUGUAACUCCACAUAUUCAAGAAGUUCAAAGAACCUCAAGAUCAUGAAGAAAAUCCUGCUGAUGGACAUCAUAGUCAAACGGAUAAAACCCAAUGAUAAAGAGAACCAGGUGUAAAGCACCCGGAGAAAGACAGGAUACUUGCACAGAACAGAGGACCACACACACACUUGUGGUCAGAAACUACUCGAGCUGGAACACAACGGAGUGAGGGACAGACAACUUUACAUAAAACCCCCACCACCUGCCGUUUGUCUAUUUCCCAUCAAAAACAUCUUUCAAAAAUGAUAGCAAAAAAAAAAAAAGUUUCUCAGAGAAACAAAAUGAAAGAGACUUUAUCUAUAGACCUUAUUUCAGGAAACACUAAAGCAAGUUUUGGUGCAGCAAGAAAAUCCUAGGUGGAAAUGAGGAUCUACAGGAAGAAAAGAGGAGCUCUGGAAGUGGUGAAUAUGUGGGUAAAUAUAAAAGAUCUCUUUCCUCAUUUAAGAGUCUUUUAAAGUGGUAAUUGACUGCUUAAAGCCAAAUAAUGUAUUGUGGGUUAUGAUGUCUUUAGAAGUAAAGUGUAUCUCAACGACAA